CUUACACAAAGUAUGUACGUAACACCUCGGCCAGACAUGUUGAGUCGAGUCGAGUAGAGAAGUUUAUAUCGAGGAAAAUAUCCCAGUAUUGUGAAUUGUGUGGCUUUGAACAUGGCUUAAAGUACAUUCAGUGAUGGCCUCAGCAAGCUGGUGCAAAGAAACAGAUGAAAAGAUCAACUACACCAAGCUUUGUAGGUUGCUAGUCGAUGGAGGCACACAAGCACUUUGUUCUGUAUUUGAUGGGAAAUAUCCACCAUCUUCAUUGAAAGACUUCUUAAAUGCUAACAAGACAACACUACAAAAGCUGAAGAAACCACUACAAAAGCUGAAGAAACCAAAAGGGAAAGUACUGAAUAAACCAAAAGGGAAAGUACUGAAUAACGAACAAUGGGACAAACUGUAUCCACCAAAUGGGAGCGACCCUCAAUCUAAAGACUUUGAUAUCACUUUACUGUUUGUUCUUCUAAGAAAUAUUUGUGGACUUACAGCACCAGCAACUGGAUGGGAUGCCUUACCACCUGCAACAGACGACUCACUAGAGGCUAACCUUGCCAGGAUAAAGUACUACAGAAACAAUACAAUAGCACACAUACCAAAUACUGAAAUAAAUGAUGCUGACUUUGAAAAACACUGGCAAGAUAUUUCAACUGCCCUUCUGUCACUGGGACUGAGACAAGAGGAUAUUGAUGCAUUGAAGUCUGCUCGUUUGGGAGAGAAAGACUACAACCAGUUACUCUACGAUUGGUAUAUAUCAGAUAAGGAUGUCAUAACGCGGCUAGAGGUUGUAACUGAUAAACUAGAAGAGGUCUGUAAUGUGUGCAUCGAAGCACGUCAAAUGAAUCAACAGAUCCAACAGCUGGCUACUUCUGAAUUUGGACCAGAAAUAAAUGAAAAAUGUAAGCGUUACCAUCCAAACACCCGUCAGUGGAUUCUAGAUCAAGUCAAAUCCCAUGUUGACAGUGACCACCCAGACUCGUGUAUAAUGCUGAUCACCGCUGGUCCAGGUAUGGGCAAAUCAACUCUUGCUGCUAAGAUCUGUCAGACAUACAAGGAACUUGGAUGUCUUGCAGGAUGUCACUUCUUUCAGUUCAGUAAUGCCACAAGAAACAAUCCAAGGUUGAUGUUGCAGUCCAUUGCAGGGAAGAUGUGUGACACUGUUCCUGGUUAUCGAGAGGCCCUAGAAAGCAAAUUGCAAACAGAUUUGGGUAAGGAGAUAUCCGAGAUGAACUGCGAAGAGCUGUUAACCAUUUUGCUAGAGGAACCAUUGUGUAACGUGGAACAAAAAGACUCUAACUUGGUUGUUGUUAUAGAUGCUUUAGACGAGUGUUCACACGAUCCAAAAGAUGAACUACUGAAGGCACUAAGAAAAAAACUCCCAUGUUUCCCUUCAUGGCUUCGAUUUAUUCUAACCAGUAGACCAUCAACUAAUACCUCUACACUUGGUUCAAUUGUUGCUGUAGAAAUAAGACCAGAAGAUGAAUCUAAUAUGGAAGACCUUAAAAUAUUUUUGAGCUUCGAGCUUAAAGCCCUCUAUCCACAAUGCGACAAUGACGAUAAUUCAGAUCUUCUACAAAACCUAGUGGAAAUGACAGAAGGUUUGUUUUUAGUGGCUUCCUUUGUCAUUAAAUAUUUGGAAACAGAAAAUGUUGCAUCACCAAAGAAAGUUUUGCAACUGUUUCCUAAUGGAAUCUCAUCAGUUUAUGAGAAUUAUUUCUCUCGUCUUAAAGAAGUAUUACUACCUUACAUAUCAGAGAAGGAAGGGUUCUACAAGAUGCUUGAAGCUGUUGUGGCAACCGAAAACCCUUUGCCAAAGAACAUGUUUUACAAUAUUCUUCGUGUCAAGAGUGAGUAUGAUGUCCCUCGCGAAGAGAGAAAGAAAAGAAAAGAUGCGUUAAACUCACUCCAUUGGUUGUUUCCUGUUGAGGGUGAUCACGUGACAGCAUUUAACAAGUCAGUAUUUGAUUGGUUGAUUCUUCAAGAAGAUGAAGGACAUGAAUUCAGUGUUCGUGUAGAAGACGGGGAAGAAGUACUUGCCAUUCAGUGUAAUGAUGUCCUGAGGGAUAUACGAGACGGAAAAAAAGAUCUGGAUAAGCCGUUGAAUCUUACAGACAACGAGAAGUAUGGUCUAAGAUUUCUUUGCCACCUUGUAGAUAAACGCUCAUCAGUCGUCACAGAAGAUAUGUUUGGAUUCUUUUCGAACAUUUAUUUCCUGACUGCAUUAAAGAUUGAAAACAUCAGCUUUGCCAAUUGUGUUAGUGACGGUGAAAUCAUAUCUAGUUCUUUACAUCAAAUACUUAGAGAUAUGUCAAGGUGUUUUCCUAGGAACAGUUGUCCUCACCACCGUUCUUGUCGCUUUUUUCGUCCCAUUUUAUUUGGUCGUUACCUUGCAUUCGUUUUGCAAGCUGCACAUGCGAAGGGAUUGAGUGUAGAAAUUACGCCAAUACCACGUUUUCCUUAUUUUGAUGAGAAGAGAUUAUUGCAGACUAAGAUCGAACGCAGUUCACUAGAGUAUCUACUUAAAUGUAAGGAUGGGUUUAUAGCUGUUUUCGUAUCUUGUUCAAAUUCACUGUCUGAAACUGCAGUAUAUACGUUCAAUGUUGAUGGACGCUGUAUCACGUGGAAAUCCUUUCCUGGCGAAGGGCUCAUAACCACCUCUCCGAACAUCAACUUCAUCGUUGUUGUCCAAGAAAAUGGGAACAAGAUUGAUAUAUUAGACGCAACAACACUUGAAGUGAUCAGUCAAUACGAAUUUCCCCAUGAUGCAAUACAAACAUGUCACGUGUUUGAAGACGAUCAGGGUUGCUUCGUUGUCAUCAAGGGUUAUCAUGACAAGGUUUACGUCAUUGAAGGAUUAACGGGACACGUACAUAACACCAUUACAGUGAGUGAAGAUAGUACUGUAAUGGACGUUAGCUGCGAAGGCCAUAUUGUGGUGACAAGAACAUGGGGUCGCGAGGAGCCAGAAAACGUAAAUACCUUUACCACUAAAGAUGAUGAAGUAGAGCUGAUGAAUUGGAGGAAGUCCGUUGACGUUUUUCGGACACAAUCUAAAGCGCACGAUAUCUACACCUACCGAGAAAUCCUCCUAUAUCACUAUGACAGGACAAAGCAGCCCAUUCGCAUUUACCCACUAGCAAAAAAGAUGUGCAGUUGUCAGUUUCUCUGUUAUUCCAUUACUAAUAUAGACGAAGUGGUUCAUGUUUCUGAAGAUGGAUGCCUUCUUGCAUAUCAUUAUAAGGAUUCCAUAUUCAUAGUCAACACGUCAGAUGGCUCUUUGUUUAAACGUUGGGCAUUUGACGUAUUGACGGUAUCGUGGCUUGAUAUUUUGUUCGUAUCAAGGUCAUAUCUCGUGAUCUCUGAUAUGAGUGUCAUGUUCGUGAUAAAUCUCCAAACAGAAGAGAUUGAGCACAGAAUCUAUCUUCCUUAUCCUGCUUUCCAAAAUAGCAAACAAUACCUUCUGGUGCCAGAAGAAGAUGGAAAGUCCUUCAACUCGAUCAGCAGUCAUUUCAAUAAUUCUUUUUAUGAAGUGUCAAGACUUGUGUUUCAUAAUUUAAACCUCCAAGCUUUUCAAUAAAGACACACGUCUUCAAUGGAUCUCAGUUGAGAACAAAUUUGACAAGUUUACACGUGACUACAAACGGAAUCUUAAGAAAAUGUCACUGACCACAAGGAGAAGC